AUCCAUUUACAUAUGCAUGGGCGAGAUUGGCAGCUGCCAACGAGCCCCGCGGGAGAUAUGAAGAUGGUCUCCAAAUUGGGUUAGUUGGCUUAGUGUCGGCAUGAGUUAGGGCCACCAACAUGGCCAUAGCUUUGGAAAUGAUCUGGGGCUCGGGACAAUGCCAUUACAAAUCAAUUUGGCUAAGACUGUGGCUAACCGUUCUGUGAACCAAUAAAAACUAAUCCAACGAGCUGGUCAAAAAGACAAAGGCAUCACCGUCGAGCUGUUGACCACUGAUUUCGCGAUUCGGAUGAGUUUCAGUUUCCCUUCGACCGGGAACGGUAACGGACGCAUUCGAAAUACUAUAUAGUAAGCCCGACGAACAUAUUGUAUACAGCAAUGCAGUGGCAAUUGUUUACUGCCCUAGUGCUUUUUGUAGCAUGGAGUUGUCCUUCGCAAGGAGUAAGGAUAUCCGCAAACGAGAUGGAGCGACGCUUGCCGCAAAAGCAGGCAAAGAUUGGCUCCAGAAACUAUCCCAUCGAGUAUGUCCUGUUGCCGAGUGCUCGUGGUGGAUACAGAAGGCGCUAUAUUCAUAGUCUGGGAAAAGCAGCUCCUACAACAACUGAACGCCCGUUGGUUCGUGUUUGGAAUAGCUUCGUCCGCAGUGUUCAGCCCGCUUUCAGUUUCCGUAACCUGACCAAUCCGUUGGCCAACUUCUUUAACGAUGGCAGUACGAACAUCAUCGAGACGUCGCCGGUUUAUCUGCAGUCCUACGAUGAAGAUCAGGAGCUGCAGCUUGAGGAACCAGCUCAAGUGGCCUCACAGGCUACCAAAAAACGCAAGCGAAAGCGCCGCAAGCAACAAAAGCGCCGACCGAGCUACGACUCGGCGGAGAACGAUGAUGCCUACAGCCCUUACGAUCCCUACUUUGUGCCACCUUCUCCGCCGCGGUCCGCCGAGCCGAUGUUCUUCUACGACACCAAUUCCGGUAGCUACUACGGAGUACAGCGCUUCAGUCCUCAGGAUUUCCAAUCUAAUUUUUACGGCAGCUUUUUAUUCCGCCGCCUAGGGAGGCAGAGGAUGUGGAAGGCGAGCAUGAGGAAGAGGCGCCCGUAAUGAGAAGACUCGGAACCAGAAAGGUGACCCUACUUCGACCACUGCCCCUAUUGUCGGCCAAGGGCCAAUCAUUGACGAAGCUAUUAGAAGUCAGCAAACCGGAGCAUCCCAUUGAGAAUGAAGAUGCAGCAGAGGAAACAGACAGCAGCGCACCGAGCGAUGCACCGACUAGCGAUGACGACGAUGGUGAUGUCGAAGCCCAUUCACCGCUCUCCGAGAGCAUGCGCAAUACUCUUGGCACGUAUAUGCGCGACGAUAGCCACACCCGCCAGCGCCAGAGACUCGCUAGCGAUGCAGCAGGGGCUAACGAUUCCGCCGCCAAAGUUUCGCCACGCCAUCAUCAACGACACCUUGCCCGGCUGAGCUCCUGGUAAUCCAUGCUAAGCUAUAAACUAUAAACUCUUUACUUAUGGAU